CUCCUGUACCGCUGUCAUAAGAAAUCUCGCGGUAGGACUCCACUUAGAUCACUACGUAAUGUGCCGUGCUGCUUCUAGCGGCGCUGGUGACAGUGCUGAAAGCUGUUGGGUAUGAAGUGAAACGGAACUGAAUUUUUUUUUUGUACUAUCCGCAACUGCUUCUUCAAGUUCAGAUCACAACGAAGAAACAAAUUCAAGAGAAACAUCCCAAAAUGAACAAAGUCGCAACAACUCAAUAAAAGGAAAGGCUCACUUCAAAGGAAAAUAUAGAAGCAAACAAAACGAAGAAACAACCAAAGACGAGAUACACAGCUGCCCAAUCGAAACACGCUCAAGAGAAACAAUCCUUUGCCAAAAUUGCAAACCCGAGAACAUAACUGAUCUGAGACCAGAAGUUUGUGCCUACUCAACAGCUUUGACAAAGCACACGUCCCAACGCUGCUCCCAGCCCUCCUCACCUCACCGCACCACCGACUCACCCCGGGGUGCUUAGAGGGCUGCUGUCUGCUAGUUUUUUUUCCUUCUCAUCCCUUUAGCUGUCUCUCUAUCCUUGUGCUCUGUUCAUUUUGUUGAUUUCAAGCAGUGUUAUUGCACCUGCGUUUGCCUCCUUUUUUAUUUUUAUUUUUUAUAUAUGCAACUUAUAUGCAGAACUUGUGCCAGAAACCUGCAACAAAUACGUGGUGUGUGUGUGUGUGUGUGUGUUUUGAAGAGAAGAUCUGCAACAUCUGCACAGUCGUUAACGUUCAAGACCACACCUUUUAAGACGCCAAAUCAAGACAUCUACUGGGUGGUUUUAAAAAAAAAAAAGAGGAAAAAUUACUAGAAAAGGCAAGGCUUUCAAGCAAACCAGUAAUCAAGUACAACAAAGGGGUGGAGUUUGACUCAAGUUUAUGGAAAAAUAUGGGCAGCCCCUGGAAAGGCUUUGUCGAGUUUACCUUGCCCGCGUCGCCGCCUGCCGCGUUCGUUAGCGCUGACCUGAGCAGCACCUCCCCCGUCGGACUCAGCCUGUCACCGUACGGCCGAUCCAUGAGUUUUGACCCUGGCAUGCUCCACAAUGGGCACACUGCGUUUGCCAAUGGCACAGCGGUGGGCAUCAGAGAGACUGGCGUGGUGGAGAAGCUGCUCACCUCCUACGGGUUCAUCCAGUGCUCGGAGCGGCAGGCACGCCUCUUCUUUCACUGCUCCCAGUACAACGGCAACCUGCAGGAGCUCAAGAUAGGAGAUGAUGUGGAGUUUGAAGUGUCCUCAGACAGGCGCACUGGCAAGCCCAUAGCAGUGAAGCUGCUUAAGAUCAAACCAGAGGUGCUUCCAGAGGAGCGCAUCUCGGGCCAGGUGGGGCCAGACUCGCACGCCUCUCCAUUUACUGUGCUGCAUGGUUAUAUUCAUCCAGUCGUCUCAGCGAUUCCUACUCACCUGGAUGGCAAGUCUGCUCCAGGGCAGGUGCCCACUGGCAGUGUGUGCUACGAGAGAAAUGGGUAUGGAUUCCUUCCCACGCAGGAGGUGUUUUACUUGACCUACACCCCAGACGACAUAGAGGGCAACAUGCACCUGGACACGGGAGACAAAGUCAGCUUCUACAUGGAAACCAACAAGCACACCGGUGCAGUCAGUGCACACAACAUUGUCCUGGUUAAGAAGAAGCAGAUGAGGUGCCAGGGGGUUGUCUGUGCCACCAAGGAGGCCUUUGGGUUCAUUGAGAGGGCUGAUGUGGUGAAGGAGAUCUUCUUCCACUACAGCGAGUUCAAGGGCGACCUGGAGGCCCUGCAGGCCGGCGACGAUGUGGAGUUCACCAUCAAAGAGAGAAACGGGAAGGAGGUGGCUACUGACGUGAGGCUGCUCGCCCAGGGGACAGUCAUAUUUGAGGACAUCAGCAUCGAGCAGUUUGAAGGCACUGUUAUCAAGGUCAUCCCUAAAGUUCCAACCAAGAACCAGAAUGAUCCACUACCAGGCCGCAUCUGUGCCAGGAUCAGUUACACAGACAAGGAGCUCCUGUUUGGUGAGAAGGACACCAAGUCCAAGGUGACCCUGCUAGAAGGCGACCAUGUGCAGUUCAACAUUUCCACGGACCGUCGGGACAAGCUGGAGCGGGCCACUAACAUCGACAUCCUGCCUGAUACCUUCCACUUCACCAAGGAGUCCCGUGAGAUGGUAAGGACCCUGAGGAGAUCCAUGGGUGUGAUCGCUGCCAUGCGCGACGGCUUUGGCUUCAUCAAGUGUGUGGACCGGGAUGCCAGGAUGUUCUUUCACUUUAGCGAGGUCCUGGAGGAAAGCCAGCUGCACAUCUCUGACGAAGUCGAGUUCACCGUUGUGCCCGUGAGUCCAGGGAAAAAGUCCAUGGACAUGCUGUCUGCCCAGAGGAACCACGCAGUGCGCAUCAAGAAGCUGCCUAAAGGCACAGUGUCCUUCCAUACCCAGUCUGAGCAGCGCUUUGUGGGCGUGGUGGAGAAGGAGGCCACGGCAGCCAUCACCAACAACAAGAGCGCAAGCCCCAGCAAGGCCAAAGAGAAGGAAGCAGAAGAGGGAGUGAUUUCUUAUGAGGACUGUGGAGUGAAGCUGACUGUGUCGUACCAUGUCAAAGAUCUGGAGGGAGCUGCCCAGCCACAGGCAGGAGACAAGGUGGAGUUUUCCAUCAAUGAGGUAAAGAGGACGGGCCAGCAGAGCGCGGUCACCAUUAAGAUCCUCAACCGCACAGUCAACACCAAAAGGCUGCUGGGAUACAUCGCCACGCUGAAAGACAACUUUGGGUUCAUUGAGACGGCCAAUCACGAUCAGGAGAUCUUCUUUCACUACAGUGAGCUGUGUGGAGACAUGGAGAACCUGGAGCUGGGUGACACUGUGGAAUACACCCUGUCCAAGGGCAAAGGAAACAAAGUCAGUGCUGAGAAGGUUAUGAAGAUGGCAGCAGUGAAUAGUGUGGGGCAGGAUGUUGGUGAGGCGGUGAUGCUGGGGAAGGUGGUGCGCCCUCUGCGUAGUGUGGACCCGUCGCAGACAGAGUACCAGGGGCUCAUCGAGCACUCCGAUGAAGAGGGCAUGAAGGGCCAGAAUUACUCAUUUGGCAUCAUGGGCAUGACAAACAAGGCAGACUGUCUGCAGAAAGGAGAGCUGGUGAAGUUCCAGCUGUGCACAGUGGCCCAGACAGGACAGAAAAUGGCCUGCAACGUUGUCCCCCAACGCAAAGCCUUAGUGGAGUGCGUCAAGGACCAGUUUGGUUUCAUCACAUAUGAAGUUGGUGAGAGUAAGAAGCUGUUUUUCCAUGUCAAAGAGGUGCAGGAUGGCUUGGAGCUCCAGACUGGGGAUGAGGUGGAGUUCUCAGUCAUUCUCAACCAACGCACAGGGAAAUGUAGUGCCUGCAAUGUGCGCAGAGUCAGUGAAGGGCCUAAACCGGUGGCAACCCCCCGUCCCGAUCGUUUGGUCAACCGGCUCAAGAGCAUCACACUGGAUGACUCUAGCGCCCCCCGCCUAGUCAUUGUGAGACAGCCCCGUGGCCCUGACAACUCAAAGGGCUUCAACGUGGAGCGGAAGACUCGUCAACCGGGUGUAAUUGACUGAACAGUAUAUACCCCGUCUGGAAUAGGUGGGGCCAGAUUUAGAAAUGCAAUCCCAGAAUGGAGGACAACAAUGGAAAGGGAAUGUUGCUGUCUUGCAGAAACAUGCUCUUACACACAUACAUACUCUUGACAGGCACACAGAAAUAAGCAUGUGUAACACCUCUCCCUGUUCCAUCACCUGCAAUGGAACCCUCUCAUUCCAUUUGUUCCCUGCCACCCACAUAUGUACUUGAUACGGUUUCAUACUGCAGUAUACAUUGCAGGUUUCUCUUCUGAGUGUGUGUGUGAUUGUUGUGCAUAAGGUGUUUUAGAAAUGGUAGAAGUUACAGAGGAUUUGUUUUAACGGGUUUCUGCUCCCCUUAAAAUCAGAGUGCUGGUUGUGUGGCAUUGUCUUGUCCUCAUCUUUGCUGAAUCUGCUUAAAUGUCUGGAAUUCUGCACCUGCAACCUGUUGUGUAUGUGGAUAUGUGUGAGUGUGGGCAUGUAUUAAAGCUCACCUGCUUCUUCCAUUUGCUCUCCCUCAUUUAAGGAAACGAAAUGAUUCUCAUUUGCCAAUGGUUUCCACUAUGCUUUCCUACAAAAUGCAUAAAGCAAAGUUCCCUUCAUAAGGAGGAUCCUGUUUUUCAUAUGUGUGGGCUAAAACACGGAGGCUAUUUCUCUGCUCGGUUUUUUGAGCAGUUUUGAAACACUUUAUCCAAGAGCUGGAGUGAAAGCAUGGUGUGGUGUGAUGUAUGUGAAUGUUUAAGUGACUGAUUAGAAUUUACUUUGACAAAUCUGGAGCAUUUCAAUACCUUUUCAGUAUUCACACGCUCCAUAAGCAAUUUCCCCAGGUGCAGAAUUCCUAAUGGCAUCUUAUAUCCAGCAGUUAUUUUAUACAAUGUAUUCUCUCUUUUUUUUGCACACAUUUCUUUUUUUGUUCCAUUGAAUCUCUAUCUGCUAAUUAAUAAAAUGAAGUAAAAAUAAGGUGCCUAAAAACUACAAAGAAAACAAAAAAAUUAGAUGUAUCCUCUGACCCCAGCCAACCGCCAAAAUAUUAAGAACAAUCUUGGGAUGGCUUUUUUUUCUAGUAGAAAUAAUACUGGUCUGCAUCCCAAAAACCUGUGGGUGGAAAUAUACUGUAUGUAAUGUGUGCUUUUUUUCUUAGUGAAAGAUUAAAACAUCACAAUAUAACAAAAAUACAUUUUACUUAAGUAAAAGAGGGGGGAAAGUUAAAGUAUUAGAGUUAAUCUUAAGGAUCAGGAUAUCUAUUAUUGUGCUUUAGUGGCAUUGGUGGGUGAUCUGUUGUGCCUGAAUGCACAUAUGGGAGUUAGUCUAAAUGAAUUUAAACUGGCGAUCACUGGGUUCCUCCUGAACUGCAUAGAGGCUCUCCUACGUACUUUUGUUAAUGGUCUUGAAUGAAACAAUUGAAUUAAAGUUUUAUGAAAAGUA